AUGUCUUAUGGCCGUUCAAUUCCGACAGAGGAUAGAAUUAGCGACUUGCCGGAGUCAAUUCUCUGCCACAUUCUAUCCUUCCUUCCAACCAAAUCCGCUGGAACCACAAUGAUUAUCUCAAAGAGAUGGAAACCGGUAUGGCUCGCUAUCCUUAUUCUUAACUUGGAUGACAAAGCAUUCAAUAACUUUGAGACAUUUCGCAAGUUUGUUUAUUCAAUCAUGUUCUCUUUGCGAGACCAAAAGACUUCGAUCCAAUCGUUUACCUUGAAAUUAGGCUACUAUUCUCGCUUCAAACAAGGAGAAUUGAAUAGAAUUUUUAAAUUUGUGAUGCAACAAGGAGUUAAGAAUCUUAACUUCGACUUGUCUGGUAAACCGCGUUGUAUCAAAUUACCUCCUUGCAUUCUCAGUUGUAAGACACUUCAGGUUCUUAGAUUGGAAAACAUAAAAAUGUGGGAUUUUGAUCAAGUGAAUUUUCCUUGUCUCAAAACUCUUCAUUUGAAUAACGUUGAUUUCACAUCUCCUAAAUAUUUUGCAAAGUUUCUAUAUGUCUGCCCUAUUCUAGAAGAUUUGAAUGCAAAAUCACGUACCUUCCAGAAAUCAAUCGGUCCCAUGGAAAACUUGAAUGCUUUACCUAAUUUGGUCAAAGUAAAGAUUUGUUAUAAUACGGAUAUUCCGAUGUCUUUGGUUUGUAAGACGAGAAUUUUGCAUAUAGAACAGGUUAUUCCACCCAAUGCCACCAUUACUCCAGAAUGUCUCUCCUCACAGCUUAAAACACUUAGCAUUCAAUGUUCCACAGACACAAAAAACAUCAACAAUUUCCGGUUGUUAAUUCUUCAAGAAUCAACACAUUUGGCUAAUGAUGGAGAGAAUUGGCUUUCUUUGGACAGAGAGGUUACUGAGAGUGCGGGUUCUCGUUAUGGCGCGCUCUUAAUGGUAAUGGCUUUCUAA